AUGAUUGCUAUCGGUAUGGAGGGCUCGGCCAACAAGAUUGCCAUCGGGAUUAUGUCGCAUCCCGAAGAUGGCAGCCCGCCGCAGAUCCUCUCAAAUGUUCGGCACACCUAUAAUUCCCCACCAGGUGAGGGUUUCUUGCCCAAGGAUGUUGCGCGCCACCACCGGACAUGGGUUGUGAAGAUGGUGAAAGAUGCAAUGAAAGAGGCACGCCUUAAAGUUGCAGAUGUGGACUGCAUCUGCUUCACCAAAGGUCCUGGCAUGGGAGCCCCACUACAGAGCGCAGUGAUGGCGGCACGAAUGAUGAGUCUGCUGUGGAAUAAGCCGUUGGUUGGAGUGAACCAUUGCGUUGGACAUAUCGAAAUGGGCCGCCUCAUUACCGGCGCCGAAAACCCGGUCGUCCUUUAUGUUUCCGGUGGUAACACACAGGUGAUUGCAUACAGUGCUAAGCGAUACCGCAUCUUCGGCGAGACCCUUGAUAUUGCUGUCGGAAACUGCCUAGAUCGUUUCGCGCGCACUCUAUUCAUCCCAAAUGACCCAUUCCCGGGAUACAAUAUUGAACAGCUAGCCAAAAAAGGGAGACGAUUUGUGGAGCUCCCAUACAUUGUGAAGGGCAUGGACUGUUCGUUUUCGGGUAUCCUGGCUGCAGUCGACGCACUGGCCGUGUCUUUGGGGCUAAGCGGCGAGGAGCAGGCCAGACUUGAUGAUGAGAGAAUUGAGAAAGAGCAGGGCAACGAAGAACAAGACCCAGAUGCCAAGCCCACUCGUGCCGAUUUAUGCUUUUCGCUUCAGGAGACAGUAUAUGCAAUGCUAGUUGAGAUUACCGAGCGCGCAAUGGCGCAUGUGGGGUCCAAGCAGGUGCUUAUUGUUGGUGGAGUGGGAUCCAACGAGCGGUUGCAAGAGAUGAUGGGUAUCAUGGCACGAGAUCGGGGCGGAUCUGUGUUUGCUACGGACGAACGUUAUUGCAUUGAUAAUGGUGUCAUGAUUGCCCAAGCGGGUCUGGAGGCAUACAAGACAGGUUUCCGGACACCUCUGAAGGAGUCCACUUGCACACAGCGAUUCCGGACAGAUGAAGUGUUCGUGGACUGGCGAGACUAA